GACCAGGUUCUCUGAAAUUGACGAUGGCGGCAGUGGAGGGAACGUCACUCGAGCCGGCGACUUCAGAACAGCCAGCGGAGCUACCUGCCUCCGUGCGAGCGAGCAUCGAGCGGAAGCGACAGCGGGCGCUGAUGCUGCGCCAGGCCCGGCUGGCGGCCCGGCCCUACCCGGCCACGGCUGUUGCGGCUACCGGAGGUGUGGCUAAUGUAAAAGCAGCCCCAAAGAUAAUUGACACAGGAGGAGGCUUCAUUCUGGAAGAAGAAGGAGAAAAAGAACAAACAGUUGGAACAGUUGUUCAUCAACCAGGACCUGUUAUGGAAUUCGACUAUGCAAUAUGUGAAGAAUGUAACAGAGAAUUUAUGGAUUCAUAUCUUAUGAACAACUUUGAUUUCCCAGCUUGCGAUAACUGCAGAGAUGCUGAUGAUAAACACAAACUUAUAACUAAAACAGAAGCAAAACAAGAAUACCUUCUAAAAGACUGUGAUUUAGAAAAAAGAGAACCACCUCUUAAAUUUCUUGUGAAGAAGAACCCUCAUCAUUCACAAUGGGGUGAUAUGAAACUCUACUUAAAAUUACAGAUUGUGAAGAGGGCUCUAGAAGUUUGGGGUAGUCAGGAGGCAUUAGAAGAAGCGAAGGAAGUUCGACAGAAAAACCGAGAAAAAAUGAAACAGAAGAAGUUUGAUAAAAAAGUAAAAGAAUUACGGCGAGCAGUAAGAAGCAGUUUGUGGAAAAGGGAAAUGGUUACUCACCAACAUGAGUACGGACCGGAAGAAAACCUAGAAGAUGACAUGUACCGGAAGAUAUGUACUGUGUGUGGCCAUGAGCUGACGUAUGAGAAAAUGUGAUUUUUAGUUAAGUGGGCUGUUUUAGAAUUUUAAGUUCAGAUAAAGAAAAUUUAGAUUGGUCUUGUUCACAAUUCACCAAAAGUCUUUAUAGAUU